UCAUCCCAUCGGGCCCAGGCAGGAUUUAAGCUGGGGAGCCCACCUGCAGGGUUUGGCCUCCUCACGAGUGGGGGCAAAACUGAGUGGGGGCACAAGGCAGGCUCCUUGGAAAUUGAGGAAUGCAAUUCUGCCACCAUGAUGGAAGGAUUGAAAAAACGCACAAGGAAGGCCUUUGGUAUACGCAAGAAAGAAAAGGACACCGAUUCCACGGGGUCGCCGGACAGGGACGGCAUCCCUCUCAGCCCUCAUCCCACUGAGCCACCUUGCCAUAGCAAACCCGACAGCGUGCGGGAAGGAGGAAGAAAAAACUCGAAGAAAAGUAAUGGAGCCCCCAAUGGAUUUUAUGCGGAGAUCGACUGGGACAGAUAUAACUCCCCGGAGCUGGACGAGGAGGGGUACAGCAUCCGGCCCGAGGAGCCAGGCUCCACCAGAGGAAAGCACUUCUACUCCUCCAGCGAGUCCGAGGAGGAGGAGGAGGCCCACAAGAAAUUCAACAUCAAGAUCAAGCCGCUGCAGGCUAAAGACAUCCUGAAGAGCGCGGCGACGGUGGACGAGCUGAAGGCGUCCGUAGGCAACAUCGCACUUUCUCCAUCCCCUGUGAGGAAAAGCCCGCGGCGCAGCCCGGGGACGAUUAAGAGGAAUUUAUCCAGUGAGGAGAUCGCACGGCCCCGGCGCUCCACGCCCACGCCGGACCCCAGCAGCAGGAAGCCCCCUGAGGACCCCGCUGCCCUGGCACCGCUCUUCGGGCCCCCGCUGGAGUCGGCGUUCGAGGAGCAGAAGCUGGAUGCUCCUCUGGACCAGCCCGAGAUCUGGGGCUCCAUCCAGCCCCCCAACAGCGCCGACUCCCCGAAGCUGCCGAGACCUUUUCCAACUGGAACACCGCCGCCGCUGCCGCCCAAGAACGUCCCGGCCACGCCGCCCCGCACCGGCUCGCCCCUGACGGUGGCCCCAGGGAGCGAGCAGCCAGCCGCCGAGGCCAAAAGUGACAAAGUGCCGUCGCUCAAUGACUUGGACAGCAUUUUUGGCCCCGUGCUGUCCCCCAAGUCCGUGGCCGUGCACACGGGGGACAAGUGGGUCAAUUUUUCCGAUCCCUCCCCGGAAAACGUGACGGUGGCGCCGAGGCCCCGCGAGAAGGCGGCGGUGGCAUCGUCCCCUCCGGUGGGGGCAGCGGGCAGCCCGGUGGCCGAAGCCCCCCCGCGCCCUCCGUCCCCGCUGCGCCUGGAGGAGCUCCAGAAGAAGGCUUUGGAGCAGCCAAAAGAGGAGAACGCGGAGCCGGCCGCUGCCUCCCCCAAGGAUUUUGGGCCGGGACAGAGAGCGACCCCGCCGCCCCCCCCACCGCCCACCUACCGCACGGUGGUCUCGUCCCCCGGACCGGGCGCCAGCAGCGGCGCGGGAAGCCCCAGCGGUUCCUCGUCCCCGGCUCGCCCCGGCACGCCGCUGGCCGCCUGUGGCACCCCGCCGCCCCCACCGCCGCGGCCCCCCUCCCGGCCCAAGCUGCCCCCCGGCAAGCCCGCCGUCGCCGACCUGUCCAGGCCUUUUAGCCCUCCUAUUCACUCAUCCAGUCCUCCUCCGAUAGCACCUUUAGCCCGUGCUGAAAGUACUUCUUCCAUAUCCUCCACCAAUUCCCUGAGUGCAGCCACCACUCCCACAGUUGAGAAUGAACAGCCUUCCCUCGUUUGGUUUGACAGAGGAAAGUUUUAUUUGACUUUCGAAGGCUCCUCGCGGGGCCCCAGCCCGCUCACCAUGGGGGCUCAGGACACCCUGCCCGUCGCCGCCGCCUUCACCGAAACCGUCAACGCGUACUUCAAAGGGGCCGACCCCAGCAAGUGCAUCGUGAAGAUCACGGGGGAGAUGGUGCUGUCGUUUCCAGCGGGCAUCACCCGACACUUUGCCAACAACCCCGCUCCGGCGGUGCUCACCUUCCGCGUGCUGAACUACAACCGGCUGGAGCACGUCCUGCCAAACCCCCAGCUCCUCUGCUGUGACAGUACGCAGAGCGACGCCAGCACGAAGGAGUUCUGGGUCAACAUGCCAAACCUGAUGACGCACCUGAAGAAGGUCUCGGAGCAGAAACCACAAGCCACCUACUACAACGUGGACAUGCUCAAGUACCAGGUAUCUGCCCAGGGUAUUCAGUCUACUCCAUUAAACCUUGCAGUGAGCUGGCGGUGUGACCCUGCAAGCACUGACCUCCGCAUCGACUACAAAUACAAUACAGAGGCAAUGACCACACCGGUAGCUCUAAACAACGUCCAGUUCCUCGUCCCCGUCGACGGAGGAGUAACCAAGCUGCAAGCCGUGCUUCCACCCGCUGUCUGGAACGCUGAGCAGCAGAGGAUAUUGUGGAAGAUCCCCGAUAUCUCUCAGAAGUCAGAAAAUGGAGGCGUGGGCUCUCUGCUGGCCCGCUUCCAGCUGUCGGAGGGGCCGAGCGUCCCGGCCCCGCUGGCCGUGCAGUUCACCAGCGAGGGCAGCACGCUCUCCAGCUGCGACAUCGAGCUCGUCGGCGCCGGCUACCGCUUCUCCCUCAUCAAGAAGAGGUUCGCGGCAGGUAAAUACUUGGCCGAUAACUGAAGGAAGCUUAUGCAAGUCUGUGGAAAAUAACACAGAAAAUAACCAAGGACUGCUCUGCGUGGAACGGGUUUUAAUUGCAGUUUAAGGAAAAUGAACUAAAUCCUGCACUCGGGACGUUUCUGUUGGAAGUGUCAACAACUUUCAGCGUUUUUUUUUUCCCCUCGGAAAACACCGUCUUGACCAGUCCUACAGUAUUUACUUCUAGAUGUAACAUUGUUAAUGGUUUUAAAAUGUAAUUAUUGUAUUUGUAAAUUGUACUCAUUCCAGUAAGGCUGUAUUUUGGCAGUUAGACACUUGAGUUUUAGCAUUUUACCAUUCAUGAAAUGGAUGUAAUUUAAACUGUGGUAUAUAAAUUUAAUAGUAGUACUGUCGAAUGGCACAAUGCUUACAGAGGUAGAUUACAUUUUGUCAAUAUAUACGAUUUAAAUUCCAUACUGAUAGCUGUUAUCAAGGGGGUGCCUCACAGAGAGAGAGCUAAGCAGAGCCCACGUGCUGGUUUACUUUUUCUUCAGUCCCUUGUAUGGCCGACGGAGAUGAAUUAAAAGCUCAACCUUUGGGUUUAGCUGGUCCAACUCCAGAACCACAUUUCCGUGAAGGUGGAGGCUCCUCGUGCAGCCUCCCAGAAAAAAGAAGGGAAAAUGCCACUUCUGUACAGAGCGUUUCCUUCAAACCUCCCUUGCCAGACAGCUCCGGGAGCGAGCCCGCGUCCCCCGGGCCCCGCAGGCCCCAUGUCAGGGAUCUGGGGAUGUGCAGCCCCUGUGCCCUUCCAUUUCACCAAUUAGGCAGGCAAAAAAUACAUAUUAAUAUACAAAUAUUGAAAAAAAACUAACGCAGCUCGAGCCAAAAGCACCUGGCGCUGGGAUCAGCAUUCGCAUGGCCUGGAGAUGUUUGCGUCCUGGGGCGGCUCUAGGUCGGGGUGUGUGUGGUGGGACGGGUGCCCAGGAGAAGUGCAAACCCAGAAGGUAAAGCACAAGUUUUUGAGAGCAAACUCGCCGGUAUUCCCAGAUGGAGCACUCAGGCCAUUUAGUUAUUUCCCCCCCCCCCGAAAUGGAAAUAUGUAUAAACUGUGCAGCCCACCCCCUUCAGACACAGGGCGAAAUCUAAGAAUCAGUUUCCGCGUAAUUGGUUCAUGCUGUGUACAAAUGUUAUAAGCUCAUGCUUCCAGAAGAGAUCUAUGUCAUAGUCCUGAAAAGAAGGAUUUUAUAAUGUAAAUAUUGCCAGAACAUAGAUAUUUUCCUUUAUAUUUUGUUUUCAAGACAAGGUGUUUACAUUAGCAUUGGGUUUUUAGAUGCUUUUUAAACAAAACAAAACAAAAAAAAAAAGAAAACCAAACCAAAAAACCCAAAACCCCGAGCUUGUCCCACUCGUGUCCCCCAGACCAGGUCCCUUUUUCCAGGCGUGGGUGCUGGGGUCAGCACCCUCCUGGCCGCGUGCCCCAUUCCCUGUGCACGCCUGGGCCCCUCGUGGGCGAUGCUGGGACCGAACCCAGCAGUUUGGGGCAGUUUCCCUUCAUGCUGUUUUUGCCAACGUUUCGCGUAGCUUUUCAGUUCGCUUGGUGUUUUUUGGGAGCGUUGAACAGUGUCCCAGUAAAUUCAGAGCAGCAAGCGAGGGCGUACGUAGGGACAUUUAUCACCCAGUCCAGUCUCUGUAGCGGUGGCAGGAGCCCCCAGCUCCAUCGCAUCCAGGGCACUUGAGCUCCUCAGGCUUCACCUCUGCGUUUAGGCAGGAAAAUUCGGGUGUCUGCAGGCAGAGGGCAGGCAGGAGAUGGAUGGCGGUGAGGGUCCGAGGUGUGUAAAUCACCUGGGUGCCUGCAGCCCCACACCUCUCGGGCUGGGAGCACGCACAAAAAAGCUCUUUGGGCAACAAAAGCAGUGCCUGGCCCUCCUCCCUCAGCAGCAGGGAUUCCUUUUUUGAUUAAAAAAGGAAGCAUUCAGACAGUCACUAGGCUGGGUGCAUGCACAGAAAGGUCUCAGCACGGUCCCUUCAGGCUCUGCUCCCUCGUGCUGGGUCCUGGCACCCGCGGGUUCGCCCUGUUGCAGAUGGGGCCGGGCUGUUUUUCUCCACAGACACCUGCAGACGUGGCUCUUUAGAUGUAAGGAACAGAAAGUCCUUUUUUUUUUUUGCAACUUUUCUUCUCUUGUUUGCUGCAAGUAUUGAGGUUUCACAGCCAGCCGAGGGUGCUCCUUGCAGGAGGAGUUCCUGAGCAACUUUCUACAUGAACAAUAUCUAAUAACUAGGAGAUAUUCGAUACUAGAAAACAUCCCCAAAUCAAAAGCAUUUAAUUUCGUGUUUACUUUUGUUCUUAAAUAUUGCUCCCCUGCUGUAAAGCUGCUGGUUAUUUUUGCUGUAAGGCCGCUGGCCAUCAAACACCAGGCUCUGUGCUGGGCUCUUGCCGCGUGCGUGUGGCUUCCCUUGCAAAACCUUGUCCCGAGCGCAAUCGUGCAGCGAGGAAGUUGCACAACUGCACGCUCCUCGCGGGGCAGGCUGCUCUUAGGAUGUCGGCGCAGUUAUGUGAUAUUUAAAAUACAUUUAUUUUUUUGUCUUCAGCGUGCCCUUUCAGGAUUUAUCCAUUAUAGCGGGUUUUUUAACAUAGGUGAGAAAAAAAAGCCAAUGGCCCUAGUGACAUUAAGGUGAGCUCUGGCUCCCAGGGCAGCAUUUUCCCAGGCUGUAGGCACCGGGACACGUUGCAAUGGGGUGCUCUCGGGGUCCCUUUUGCCUGGUUUUUGGGCUGCACGGGAGGAAAAUGCUGCUUCCACCCUUCGUUUUGAAGCCAUGCACACCUGCAGGUGAGAGCCAGCCGCCUUUCCUUUUAACGUGAUCAGGGAGACCUAGGGAAGUCGUUCAGUGCCCAGGUGACAAAUUGCCCUGCUCUUGCAGGGGCAGUUAUUUUCUCAGCGAGACCCCACACGCUGUCCUUGUGCUCCUUUCCCGGGGUCCGGGCAGUUCAAGGUGAGCAUCCCAGAGGUGUUUCCCGAGGCUCCUGCAGCACGAAUGUCACAUCAGGAGCCACAGCUUCACCUUUUUGCAGCAGAAACAUUUCCAAAUAGCCAGACUACCACGAGAAGGUGUUGUAUUUUUAAAUGACCUAAGAGGGUCAAACAUCUUUUACCGAAAAUGCCCUCAGAUGCAUGUUGUAAUUCUGUGUCUCAGACAAACCCGUCUCCGUUUGGCUUUUUUUCUUAGUAGAGCUGAUGGUGCUCCCCCCUGAACACGCAGCACCUAUUUCAGCUCGUGCUUGAGGAAGCCAGUUCUAUCCCCUGAAUAUGCAGUGAUUUUCCCCUAUUCUUUUGUUGUCAAAGGCGUCAUCUUUAUGUGAAAAUGUCUUUGUUAAAAAUCUUAAUUUUGAAGCUUACCGUGACUGAAAUACGUAAUUUCAUCACGUUGUACUUUCCCUGUAAGGAAUUACUGUCUCAAAGACUUCAUUUCAUAGCCAGAAUACUUACUCUUUUUUCUCACAAAUUUACAAGGAAAGCAAUUCUCGUAGAGCUAGGAAGUUUUAUGAUUUUUUUUUUAUGAUGUAUUUUAAUUCUCACUUCAUUGCAGAGCAGGAAAAAGGCCUGCAGAAAUAGCCCACACCUCCUGUACGAUCUCCCCUUGCAUUUCGGGAGGGACUGCCGGUAGUGCUGCUGGCAAUUUUCUUGAAAAUCGCAGGUGUUGGUGAGGCAAUGUUCCUCCAGGGUUUGCACAGAAGCAGGACUUCACUACAGGCCGAGCAGUAUGCGAGAAGAUACGGCAGGGUUUAACAGGUGCUUAGGAUAUUUAUUUCUCUGUUAUAUCUCUCUCUCCUUCUUGACAAGCAGCAAUUUUGGGGGGAAAUGCCACGCUGCGGUUCGGCCCUGUAAUCCAUGCAUGGUGUCUUUGAAACCCACUCCUUUCUCCCAGCUCCAUCCAGGAUGCUCUAAGGCUGAUGAAAUCGGCCAGGUGCUUUGGUGGCACAAAUCUUACCCAAAAUUGAGUCACAGUUUGAGAGAGGAAUCGCGUCAGGUCUCGGUUCACAGCUCCGGUUCUGCCCAGGACAAGGGAGGCUGGGCUGCGCCCCCGCUGCUGCAGCCCCUCGGGGCUCAAAGGGAGCCCCAGCAGCAAAUUGGGUUCCCCGGGGUAUCACCCUAUAUAAGCUAUAUCAUUUUAUGAAACCCCUCGUGUAUAAAAUGUUUAUAAAUAUUUGUGGAUUAAGAUACACAGGUCUAUUUUUAAGAUUUAAGUUAAAUAAGUUAAUGAAUGGCUGGCCUUUCUUGCCUAAACGUGCAAUGAGAUAUAUUAUACCUUUAGUCUACGAUGGCCUAGGUACUGCUUAGUCUGUGAUGAAAAACUUUGCUGCUUACCUAAUGUUCUCAGAGAAAAACUGUAAAGACGUACAGGUUUGUUGCACAUGGACUCCUGCAGCAAAGCUUUGUAUUUGACCACUGGUAAUAUGAAUGUGUUGUAUUGACUUGUUGAAGAUAAUCAUGAGACAACAUAUUUUAAAUGUUACUUGCCUUAUAGAUUAGGAUACGAAUAUGUGGAUAUCAUUUUUGUAAAUAAUGUUUUUUAUAAAUGUCUUUCCUCCAUUCUCCCUCUCACCCAUUUCACAAAAUCUUGAAUAUGCAAUUAUUUACCAUGCAUAAUACUGCAACAAAGAAUCCCCCACAUCAGAACAAAGUUUAUUAAUUCUAUACAUGAGAACCACAUCAAACGCCCACUUAAGUUGCGAUUUAAAUGUGAUUUUUUUUUUUUUCCUUGAAAAUAAAAACCAGAAAACACUA